ACCUUGCGAUUUGUGGCAAUCACUUUUCAUGGUUAGCCCUGACGAUGGUGGACCAUUAGACUAGAUAUGUGCUUUUCAAUCAUCAUGGCCUUCAAAAUAUGGUACGAAACGUAAGGCAGUGGAAAGGCAACUUUUUGUUAUCCUUCACGUCUUGGAGUACCGUCCCGCGAGGAGGACGCACGAGCAGCAGCAAGUGGCGGCCGCGGGACCUGUCGCUCCAACACGCCCCUCGGACCUCUCCGCCGCGGCCUGUGGCGCCCCUGGGCGGCGCCUGAGCCAUUACUAGUACAGCAGGAGGCCCGCCACCAGAUCGGAAAGAAUGGAGUCAGUGCUGAACAGGCUGCGCUCCAGCAUGAGCAGCGCAGCCACCAGUGCUGUGUCCAAUGCUGUGCAGAUUGCCUCUCAGGUCUCCAACUACUUACCGGGCAACCCUGUCACUCGAGAGUUUGAGGCCACUGCCCAUGUUGCAUCAGCUGGCCAAGGCUUGGUGUGGAAGGUUUACAAGGGCCACAAGAAGUCAACGCGGCAGGAAGCAGCGAUCUUUGUGUUUGAGAAGCGCAUCCUUGACCGAUGGGAUAAGCAAGAGCGAGAGGCCAUGCUGGACCGCCUCAGAAAAGGAGUGUCACAGCUCACUAGGCUCAGGCAUCCACAGGUGUUGACAGUACAGCACCCCCUGGAGGAGUCCAGGGAUUCCCUUGCCUUUGCUACUGAACCAGUGUUUGCUUCUCUGGCCAAUGUCCUUGGCCAUACAGACAGCGCCCCUUCCCCACUCCCUCCACAGCUUCGUGACUACAAACUUUAUGACGUCGAGAUCAAGUACGGCCUCAUGCAGGUGAGUGAGGGGCUGUCAUUCCUGCACAACUCUGUCAAGAUGGUUCACCGCAACAUUUGUCCUGAGAACAUUGUGCUCAACCACCAAGGUGCUUGGAAACUCUUUGGUUUUGACUUCUGUGUCGCCAACCAGUCUCCACCGGAUCAGCAGCCUUUUUGGCCCUUUGAGGAAUAUGAUCCCAACCGCCAAACCAUCUGUCAGCCUACCCUGGACUACCUGGCUCCAGAGUAUGCCCUCACCCACACCCUUGACCCUGCAGCUGACCUCUUUUCUUUGGGGGUGGUGACUUAUGCUCUCUUCAAUAGUGGACGACCUGUCUUCCAAAACCAUCAAGACUUUGCCACAUUUAAGAGGAACUGCUGUGAGUUGAAAAAUACCAACACACUGCAGUUGUCUAGCAUCCCUGAGGGGGUGAGGGAAGAGGUGAGGCUGCUUCUGCAUGCAACGCCACAGCUGCGCCCUGAUGCUCUACAAUUCUCCAAGAUCUCCUACUUUGAGGAUGUGGGUGUCAAGACUCUGAGUUACCUGGACCAGAUGUUUCAGUGGGAUAAUAUGCAGAAGUCUCAGUUUUACAAGAGUCUUCCUCAAAUCAUUCCUCAGCUUCCUCACCAUGUCUGUGUUCUCAGAGUGGUGCCAACCUUGAUGCGGGAGUGUGUCAACACUACCAUGGUGCCCUUUGUGCUGCCAGUGAUUCUGCUGGUGGCUGAACGAGCCUCUCGGGAGGAAUUUAUUGAGCACAUUCUGCCUCACUUGAAACCUAUCAUGAAGAUGACUGACCCAGUGCAGAUCAUGCUACAGCUGAUGCAGAAGAUGGAACUCCUGCUAGGUAAGACGCCAGCAGAUGAUGUACGAGGUGAUGUGCUUCCACUCCUCUACCGGGCACUGGAGUGUGACACACAGCAGAUCCAGGAGUUGUGCCUCAGUGUCAUUCCUUCUUGUGCCCAACUGGUGGAGAGCCAUGCCAUGAAAAAUGCUCUCCUUCCCAAGAUCAAGAAGCUGUGCCUUGCAACUGGAUACCUCUCGGUGCGUGUGAACUGCCUGGUGUGUGUGGGUAAGAUCCUUGAGCACUUGGACCGGUGGCUGGUGAUGGAUGACAUCUUCCCAUUCCUGGAGCAGAUCCCUUCCAGGGAGUCCCCAGUCAUCAUGGCCAUUGUGGGAAUUUUCAAGGUUGCCUUGACCCACAAGAAGCUGGGCAUAAGCAAAGAAGUGUUGGCCACCAAAGUGUUGCCUUUCCUGUUUCCACUGAGCAUUGAGAACUCCCUCACCCCCACACAACACUCCACCAUCAUGGCCCUCAUAAAGGAAAUGACAGAAAAGGUGGAGACAGAACACAGAGUGAAACUUGAACAGCUCAGCUCCAUCAAGGAUGAACAGAAGGCAUUACAGAUGGCAAUGCCUACUAGUUUGGCCUCAAGCUCAGCAGUUCCAGGAACAGCACCAACAGCCAACACUCCCACUACUGCCAAUGGGUCAGCAGUUACCCCUGCUGAGGCUGCCACUGACCUGUUUGCUGGUCUUGGCUUAAACCAUUUCGGAGGGGGAGGGGGGAUGUCUGCCCCACAAAAGCCUCCUCAGGUUACAGCUCCCUCAGCAACAACAUCAAAACCCAACAGCAUAACUCAGCAGUCCAAGACAGAUGUUACUUCAACCAGUGGUUCCCUCAGCCUGCAGGAUAAACACCGAAUGAUGAAGGAGCAAGGUCUCCGUAAGCAGCCUCCACUUCUUCCAUCCCCACCACCACCAUCUUCCACCAUCACUAGAAAUACACAGUCUUCCUCCUCCUCUUUCACCUCCUCUUCCUCUUCCUCCACUCAGUCCUCAUCUUUCACCAACUCCCUCAUCACUUCCAAUCUCAGCAUGAUAGCCAGUCCCACAGGCCCACCUCAGCAGCCUGGACAGAUGACUGGGUUGGGGAACACAGGGUUAAGUUAUGGCAUGAGACCCAGUCUGCCACAACAACAGCAACAACAACCUUUCAGAGCCAUGAAUGCCUGGGGGGCCUCUCCCACACAACCUCAGUCCUGGGCCUCCCCUAUGCCAGCACAGCAGCAGCAACACCAACAACCUGCACCACUGAAUAUGGGAGCAUUUGACAACCUCCUUCCUUCCCAACCCAGGCCACCAAGUUUGAACCAAAUGGCCUCCCCCACCAUGAUGACCCCCAUGAGGCCCAUGUCUAUGGUGUCCGCACCUGCUCCUGUCCGCCCACUCACGUCGUCGGAUAUCAAUGAUCUACUCAGUUGAGAUCUCGCAGUUUUAUAUAAUUCUUUUUUUACACACUUCAACGUUUCAGGUUUUAUAAUUGGAUUUAUUGUGGCAUAUAGCUGCCUACAGGACUGUACAUAUAUACUACACUGCUUUGGACUAUUUGUUGGUUGUUUAAUGUACUUACACUGAAAAUAUUAUGUUGGUACAUUAUAAUUAUGCAUUGCAAGUCUCUAGUCACAGUGCCAGUUAAAGUAGGCAAGAUUUUGCAGUGCGACUUAAUCUCUGGUCAGAAAGCAAGUGAUAAGUGAAAAUGUAUCUGAACCCCCAACAUGAAGAACUCUUAUGCACUUCCUUGUGAUGAUGUUAAUAUGAUACUGUGGUAUGCAGCUCACUGCAUCCACCAUGUUCCAAGUCAAGUGAUCUGAGAUUACACAAUAAAAGCAUUCCAAGUGUU